GAAGGACGGGCUGGCCUUCAACGCGCUCAUCCACCGCCACCGCCCGGAGCUCAUCGAGUACGACAAGCUCCGCAAGGACGACCCCGUCACCAACCUCAACAACGCCUUCGAGGUGGCCGAGAAGUACCUGGACAUCCCCAAGAUGCUCGACGCCGAGGACAUCGUGGGCACGCUGCGGCCGGACGAGAAGGCCAUCAUGACCUACGUGUCCUGCUUCUACCACGCCUUCUCGGGGGCACAGAAGGCCGAGACGGCCGCCAACCGGAUCUGCAAGGUCCUGGCCGUGAACCAGGAGAACGAGCUCCUCAUGGAGGACUACGAGAAACUGGCGUCGGAUCUGCUGCAGUGGAUCCAGCGCACGCUGCCGUGGCUGGAGGCGCGCAGCCCGCAGCGCACGCUGCAGGAGAUGCAGCAGAAGCUGGAGGAGUUCCGGCACUACCGCCGCGUGCACAAGCCCCCCAAGGUGCACGAGAAGGUGCAGCUCGAGAUCAACUUCAACACCCUGCAGACCAAGCUGCGCCUCAGCAACCGCCCCGCGUUCAUGCCCUCCGAGGGACGCAUGGUGGCGGACAUCAACACGGGCUGGCAGCGCCUGGAGCAGGCGGAGAAGGGCUACGAGGAAUGGCUCCUGAACGAGAUCCGGCGCCUCGAGCGCCUCGACCACCUGGCCGAGAAGUUCCGGCAGAAGGCGUCCAUCCACGAGGCCUGGACCGAAGGGAAGGAGGCCCUGCUGCAGCAGAAGGACUUCGAGGCGGCCUCGCUCUCCGACAUCAAGGCCCUGCUCCGGAAGCACGAGGCCUUCGAGAGCGACCUGGCCGCGCACCAGGACCGCGUGGAGCAGAUCGCGGCCAUCGCCCAGGAGCUCAACGAGCUGGAUUACCACGACUCGCCCAGCGUCAACGCGCGGUGCCAGAAGAUCUGCGACCAAUGGGACGUGCUGGGCUCCUUGACCCACAGCCGGAGGGAAGCCCUGGAGCAAACGGAGAAGCACUUGGAGAGCAUCGACGAGCUCCACUUGGAGUACGCCAAGCGAGCAGCGCCCUUCAACAACUGGAUGGAGAGCGCCAUGGAGGACCUGCAGGACAUGUUCAUCGUGCACACCAUCGAGGAGAUCCAGGGCCUCAUCGCCGCGCACGACCAGUUCAAGGCCACGCUGCCGGAGGCGGACAAGGAGCGCGAGGCCAUCCUGGGCAUCCAACGGGAAGCGCAGCGCAUCGGGGAGCUCCAUGGGAUCAAGGGGGCCGGGAGCAACCCCUACACCUCGGUCACCCCACACAUCAUCAACUCCAAGUGGGAGCGGGUGCAGGCGCUGGUGCCCCGGCGGGACCAGGCUCUGCAGGAGGAGCAGAGCAAGCAGGAGUCCAAUGAGCACCUCCGGCGGCAGUUCGCCGGGCAGGCCAACAUCGUGGGGCCCUGGAUCCAGACCAAGAUGGAGGAGAUCGGCCGCAUCUCCAUCGAGAUGCACGGCACGCUGGAGGACCAACUGGAGCAGCUCAAGCCCUACGAGCAGAGCAUCGUGGACUACAAACCCAACCUGGACCUGCUGGAGCAGCAGCACCAGCUCAUCCAGGAGGCCCUCAUCUUCGACAACAGGCACACCAACUACACCAUGGAGCACCUGCGGGUGGGCUGGGAGCAGCUCCUCACCACCAUCGCCCGCACCAUCAACGAGCUGGAGAACCAGAUCCUGACCCGCGACGCCAAAGGCAUCAGCCAGGAGCAGCUCCAGGAGUUCCGCGCCUCCUUCAACCACUUCGACAAGGACCACGGCGGUGCCCUGGGGCCGGAGGAGUUCAAGGCCUGCUUGAUCAGCCUGGGCUACGACGUGGAGAACGACCGGCAGGUACCCGGCCUUCAUCCUCAUCCUCAUCCUCAUCCCAUGUCCUUCCUCCCCAUCCCGGCUCCUUCAUCCUC